AUGCAGGCCAUCGAAGGCGUCACUGCUCGAACUCAGAGCCCAGCUCUAUCACUGUCCACCCUGAUGGCCGACGACCUCGUCGAUAAGACGGGAAUCCCUAUUCCACUUGAAUACCGAAAACUCUGGGUGACAAAAGCCAGCGAAAAUGAUAAGCGGCUUGGAAAGCUUUCCGGAGACGAUCUCGACGCCAUCCACCACCACAUAGCCCCCAGCGCAAUCCAAGAAGAGAGAGCUUCCGGCGCCAGCUACACUUAUAGCGGAUUCCCCACAGACGACAAGCACGCGGGGCUCCGAGACGCGAAGAUUGUGCCUAUCAGACUCAACCUCGACGCGGGCGAGGUCUUUAACUCUUUCGCAGGCGAUAGGGCACUGCAAUUCAAUGACUUCACGGCCCUCUCAUCAAAGGGGCUUCCUAGCGAAGCCAGACCUGAGACGCUGCAGCGGUGGCGGAUCUACGACAGGAAAGGGCGAAUGCUGAGACACUACCCCUCGCACUACCUCGUCUGGGAGGAUCCCGUUGACAAACGCCUGUACGCGAGGGUGCCCAAGCCCCUCGAGGGAUUUAGCCGUGGGGCCUGCGACCACUGCCGGAUUCACGACCAGGCUCGCGAGGACGAGUAUGUCGAGUACGUGGACGACCGGCCCCAGGUCGACGGCAUCCGCGCGAUGAGCACUGGGGACACGGCCGUCACCCCAUUCUGCCUCUGCAGAUACCACUGGUGGUUUAUCUGGUCUGGAGAAUUGUUGCGGCCCAGUCAGGUCCUGGCGAUUGAGCUGCUCGUGGGUGGGGAUCUUCGAGACCGGUGGGGGCUUUCCCACAUGCGAGAGUUCCUCCGGUUCAUGGAUUGCCGCAUUAGAGACCUUGAGGCCUUGGCUGACAAUGACACAUUGGGAGGACAAAAUGAUACCGGUAACAGCACCCAGAGCACGUCAGGGCUCACACUUCCACACCCAAAUGCUUCCGGAAGAUCGGCGCGGUUGAGGGUGCUUCGUCGGCUUGCCAUGUUGGCUGCCCUUCGCCAUGGAGUACCACUGCCGCCCCCUAAAUCGUGUUACGACGAAUUCUUCGCCGCGAACGGGAACUCGAUAAGGCCUGCGCACUCCGAGCCGAGUGUCGACGCAUCAACGCUGGCUCCUGAACAACGUACCAAAACUCCAGUAGGAUUUGUGGAGUCAUUACAGAAGAUAUUACAGACAGACGACAGCGUAUCGACACCGGCUCCAGAAUCCCCUUCUGACGCUACAGUCGGGCCAGCUGGACCGCCACAGACGGAUGGCAGCGCACCGAAGUCCGCGAUGGACUACGCCGCAGCGGCUCGUACCGGCCUCAACGGACAGCCCGCCUCCUUUGCCGACGAGGUCAUUGCGCCACCCCACUCGGCAGCGGCUGCUCAACAGCAGGCCAACGGUACGCCGGCGCCGGCGCCGGCGCUGACGCAUGAUGGAGGACCGCCGCUCCUGCCGCCGACAGAGCCGUUGGCUAUGAGGAAAGGAAAAAGAAGAAGAGGAACAGGGGCAAGGGGAGGGGGAAGAAGGACAAUAUGGAAGGGGAGGGAGAAGAAGGACGAUAUGGGCAGAGACGGGGACAUGAACGGCAGUGCCAGCGGAGUUGGGGUAUGA